AUGCAUGCACCUAGGCGUGGCCAUUUGGUAGCAGUCAAGCGUAUUUUAAGAUAUUUGGUUGGCACACUUAAUCAUGGAUUAGUUAUAACACCGUCUGUGGUAGGGCUGCAUGUCGUGGCCUUUGCAGAUGCAAAUUGGGCUGGCAAUACAGAUGAUCGAAAGUUUAUUUCAGGCAAUUGUGUUUUUGUUGGCGAAAACUUGGUCAUGUGGAGCUCUAAGAAACAGAAGGUUGUCUCUGGGUUAACCAUGGAGGCUGAGUAUAGGAGUGUAGCUGAUGUUACCGCUGAAACAACUUGGAUAAGUGCCCUGCUCACGGAUAUGGGGAUUCUUCAGUCCAAAACAUCGGUCAUAUGGUGUGAUAAUAAUAGUACAGUGGUUGUUACUGUGAAUCCUGUGAAUCCAGUGUAUCAUGCUAAGACUGAGCAUGUUGAGCUAAAUGUUCACUUUGUUAGAGAGAAGGUUGCUGCUCAGCAAGUUGUGGUCUAUUAUGUUCCAGGCAGUCAUCAAGUAGCAGAUGGUCUAACUAACAAUUUGAAGUGUUUCGAGCAAAGGUUUGUGUUGUUUCGAGCAAAGAAAUUGAGUGUUACCGUUUUCUCUCAGAAAUCGACCAUCAUCAAUCUGAUACAAGAGAUAGAACCAUUGGAUAACAGCCUUUUCCAAAAAGAUGUCCCCCCAUCAACUGUAGAUGCCAUGAAAAGGACUAUUUCGGACAUGUUGGGUUUACUUCCAUCUGAUAGGUUUCAAGUUUUAAUCGAGACAUUGCAGGAUCCUCUCUCCAAGUUAUUGGUUUCUUCUAUGAUGACAGGUUAUACAUUAAGGAAUGCUGAAUAUAGGCUUUGCCUCGAACGAAACCUUUGUUGCGAUGGACAAUUGGGAAAUCAAACUUCAGAAAAAUCGAACUUUCAUUUACAAGAAACGUUGUUGGACGGUACAAAAACAAAUGGGUUUCCUGGGAAAGAUGAUUUGUCAUCUGAAUCUGAGAAAACCGCUGAAGACGAAUUUGGAGAUAUCGAAUAUCAAGGCAUGGGUGAUGUGUCCCCUGUAACUCAUAAAUAUAUUCUCCUUUUGCGGUCUCGUCUAACUUUCAUGAAAAAGGAACUUCGUGAAAUCAAGAGGAAAAAUGCUGCUCUGCAAAUGCAACAAACUGAUGGGGAAGAAAAGAACGAUUUACUUGACUACUUAAGAUCACUAGAGCCAUAUAAGGUAGCUGAGCUUUCCGAACCAACAUCCCUUGAAGCGAGAGAAGCAGUAUACUCUGUAGUCCAUGAACUCCUUGCUACCCUUUCUCCAACGAUGCAUUACAAGGUCCCUCCUUUUUCAGGGAACCCAGCAACUGGAGCGUUAAAUAAUGUCGUGAGUGAAGAUUGUACUGAACUUGUUGAGAAUGCUUCACUUCAGUUGCAGCCCACCAUUUUGCUAACACGAGACUAUCUUGCUUGUGUUCUCUUCUGGUGUAAGCUAUUGGGACACUACCUUAGAGGCCUCGAGUACAGGAUGGAGCUAAUCGAACUUUUAUCCUCGACAAGCAGUCCCGAGGAUAAUGGUGGUCGUGAUGAGGAGGUUAUCUAG